AUGACUUCUUUUCUUCCUGCCACAACAGAGUCAAUUUCUCUGGCACUGGAAGCCGAAGACCCAUCUGAAAGAAUAUCCAUUCUUUAUCGGGUACUUGAUGAUCCUUCUUCUUCUCCAGAUGCUCUGCGCAUGAAAGAGCAGGCCAUCACAAACCUCACUGAGCAGCUCAUGGAAGAGAAUAGGGCAGAGGAUCUGCGCAGCCUUCUUACUCAGUUGAGGCCCUUCUUUUCCUUGAUUCCUAAGGCAAAAACUGCAAAGAUUGUGAGGGGCAUAAUUGAUUCUGUUGCUAAAAUACCAGGGACUUCUGAUCUACAAAUUACACUCUGCAAAGAAAUGGUGCAAUGGACUCGUGCUGAAAAACGUACCUUUCUGAGGCAACGAGUUGAGGCAAGACUUGCAGCACUACUGAUGGAAAAUAAGGAGUAUUCUGAAGCAUUGACUCUUCUUAAUGGCCUGGUCAAAGAGGUUAGAAGACUAGAUGAUAAGCUUCUUCUUGUAGACAUAGACUUGCUUGAAAGCAAGCUACACUUUUCCUUAAGAAACCUUCCAAAGGCAAAAGCUGCCUUGACAGCUGCAAGAACAGCUGCAAAUGCAAUUUAUGUUCCUCCAGCUCAACAAGGGGCCAUAGAUUUGCAGAGUGGGAUUCUUCAUGCUGAGGAGAAGGAUUACAAAACUGCAUAUAGUUAUUUCUUUGAAGCUUUUGAGUCUUUCAAUGCUCUUGACGACCCCAAAGCGGUAUUUAGCCUGAAAUACAUGCUGUUGUGUAAGAUCAUGGUGAGUCAAGCUGAUGAUGUGGCUGGAAUUAUAUCUUCUAAAGCUGGCCUGCAAUAUCUUGGCCCCGACUUGGAUGCCAUGAAAGCAGUUGCAGAUGCUCAUUCUAAGCGAUCUCUGAAUUUAUUUGAAAUCGCUUUGCGAGAUUAUAAGGCUCAGUUGGAGGAAGACCCAAUUGUCCACAGGCACCUUUCAUCCCUGUAUGAUACUCUCCUGGAGCAGAACCUUUGCAGAUUGAUUGAACCUUUCUCAAGGGUUGAGAUUGCACACAUUUCUGAACUAAUUGAGCUUCCUGUUGAUCAUGUGGAACGAAAGUUGUCUCAGAUGAUUUUGGACAAGAAGUUUGCGGGGACAUUGGAUCAAGGAGCUGGAUGCCUUGUCAUAUUUGAUGAUCCCAAAACGGAUGCAAUAUUCCCUGCAACCUUAGAAACCAUUUCUAAUACUGGGAAAGUCGUGGACAGUCUUUAUGCUAGGUCUGCCAAGAUAAUUGCAUGA